AUGCUCUCCUUUAGUGCGAAAGUUUGCACCAUUCCGACGGUUUGCUCAGGAGUAGCUGUACUUGUUUUUGCUAGCUCUCAUUUCUUGGAAGUAACUAUGAGUAGAAAAGGACCACUUCAAAAAUCAAAGGAGUCCGAUAAGCCAUUGCGAAUUGCCAUAGUCGAGAAGGAUCGUUGUAAACCGAAGAACUGCGGUUUACUUUGUAAGCGGUCGUGUCCUGUAGUGAAAAUGGGAAAGCAAUGUAUAGUUGUCGAGGCAUCGUCAACCAUUGCUGAAAUAUCGGAAGUUCUGUGUAUUGGAUGUGGUAUUUGCGUGAAAAAAUGUCCUUAUGAUGCUAUCAAGAUCAUUAAUUUGCCGUCAAAUCUUGCAAACGAAACAACACAUCGCUACUCGGCUCCACCAGACUGGACGAGCCUUAUCGAAUAUUUUCGCGGAUCUGAGCUACAGAACUACUUUAAAAAAAUUGUUGAAGACAAUCUCAUAGCUGCCGUGAAACCCCAAUAUGUCGAUCAGAUUCCUAGAGUAGCAAAGGGAACUGUUGAGUCGUUACUGUCACGGAAAUCUGAUAGAGGGAACCGGGAACAAGUUCAAAACGAAAUGGAACUCAAUGGGUUGCUACAAAGGCAAAUUGAUCAGCUGUCUGGCGGUGAACUGCAACGAUUCGCAAUUGCUCUGUGCUGUGUUCAAAAAGCCGAGGUCUACAUGUUUGAUGAACCUUCUUCGUAUUUGGAUGUAAAGCAACGGUUGCGUGCCGCUUCUCUUAUUAGAGAUAUGAUUUCUUCCACAACGUACGUGAUAGUAGUUGAACAUGACCUCGCAGUACUCGAUUACUUAUCCGAUUUUAUCUGCUGUCUGUAUGGUGUUCCUGGUGUAUACGGAGUCGUGACAUUACCAUCAGGUGUUCGAGAGGGCAUAAAUAUGUUUCUUGAUGGAUUUAUUCGCACUGAAAAUAUGCGAUUUCGCGAGGACAAAUUAUGUUUCAAAGUUUCUGAACAGAUUGAUGAGGUGGUUAAGCGAACGGGCAAUUUCAAGUACCCGGCUAUGUCUAAGACACUUGGAUCUUUCAAACUCACUGUGGAGGCAGGUGAUUUCUCGGACUCGGAAAUCAUUGUAAUGUUGGGUGAAAACGGAACGGGUAAAACUACUAUGAUCAGAAUGUUGGCUGGUUCUCUAAAACCGGACGAGGAUGUGGAAAUGCCUGCAAUGACGGUGUCAUACAAGCCUCAAAAGAUCAGCCCAAAAUAUGAAAAUAUUGUACGUCACAUGCUUCAUGAUAAGAUACCGAAUAUGUAUACACAUCCACAGUUCAAGUCUGAUGUACAAACACUUUCUGGUGGUGAAUUGCAACGUGUUGCUUUGGUACUAUGCUUGGGUAAAACCGCAAGUGUUUACCUAAUCGAUGAACCAUCGGCUUAUCUCGAUUCAGAGCAACGUCUUCAUGCCGCCAAAGUGAUUAAACGGUUUAUUAUGCAUGCUAAGAAGACAGCAUUUGUUGUGGAACACGACUUUAUCAUGGCCACCUAUCUAGCGGAUCGUGUGAUUGUAUUUGAUGGUGAACCAUCUGUUGAAACGACUGCAAGAACGUUUGUUAUUUUUUGA